AUGGUGAGCCCGAGCCCCGCACCGAGGGCACCGGCGCCCGCCAGCUACCGCGGCGCUGCCCCGCAGCAGCCUCGCGCGCGCGCUCAGCCCCGGGGCGAACGCUGCCUCGUCAUGACCCCCUGUCCCACAGACGCCAACAUCUUCAGCGGAGUUGGCUGGGGUUGGGCCUCCCACGUGGGCAGGUUGGCGCUGGCGGCGCUGGCGGUGUCCGAGGCGACCGAGCCCGCCGGCCGAAGCGGCCCCGGCAGAGCUGGAGCUCUUCGGGGUCGCUUAGCCAAUCAGAUCCCUCCUGAGAUCCUGAACAACCCCCAGCUGAAGGCAGCCAUCCAGGUGCUGCCCGACAACUACAACUUUGAGAUCCCCAAGACCAUCUGGAGGAUCCAACAGGCCCGAGCAAAGAAGGUGGCCUUACAAAUGCCUGAAGGCCUCCUCCUCUUCGCCUGCACCCUGGUGGAUAUUUUGGAAAGGUUCACGGAGGCCGAAGUGAUGGUGAUGGGGGACGUGACCUAUGGGGCGUGCUGCGUUGAUGACUUCACUGCACGAGCCCUGGGGGCGGACUUCCUGGUGCACUAUGGUCACAGCUGCCUGGUUCCCAUGGACACGUCGGCCCAAGACUUCCGGGUACUGUAUGUGUUUGUGGAUAUCCGGAUCGACACCGCCCACCUGCUGGACUCCAUCCGUGUCACCUUUCCCCGUACCAGUGCCCUGGCCCUGGUCAGCACCAUCCAGUUUGUGUCGAGCCUGCAGGCAGCUGCCCACGAGCUGAGAGCAGAGUACCGUGUGCACGUCCCACAGUGCAAGCCUCUGUCCCCUGGGGAGAUUCUGGGAUGUACUUCCCCCCGACUGUCCGAAGAGGUGGAGGCGAUUGUGUAUCUUGGAGAUGGCCGCUUCCACCUGGAGUCUAUCAUGAUUGCCAACCCCAACGUCCCUGCUUAUCGGUAUGAUCCAUACAGCAAAGUCCUGUCCAGAGAGCACUAUGACCACGAGCGCAUGCAGGCCACCCGCCAAGAAGCCAUAGCUGCUGCCCAAUCUGGGAAAUCCUGGGGCCUCAUCCUGGGUACCUUGGGCCGCCAGGGCAGCCCCAAGAUCCUGGAGCACCUGGAAUCUCGGCUCCACGCCUUGGGCCUCCCCUUCCUGAGGCUGCUGCUCUCAGAGAUCUUCCCCAACAAGCUCAGCCUGUUUCCGGAGGUGGAUGUGUGGGUGCAGGUGGCAUGUCCACGCCUUUCCAUUGACUGGGGCACAGCUUUCCCCAAGCCGCUGCUGACACCAUACGAGGCGGCCGUGGCUCUGAGGGACAUUUCCUGGCAGCAACCCUACCCCAUGGACUUCUACGCCGGCAGCUCCUUGGGGCCCUGGACUGUGAACCACGGGCAGAACCGGGCCCCCAAGCCCUCUGGCCGGCCGGCUCCCGGGCAGGUGCAGGGGGCAUCCACGUGUCCCCCUCCAGCCGCGGCUUGGGAUGGCUGCAAGUGCAGAGACGAGGGGGUCGCCCCGCCGGCCCCUUGAGACUUGCCCGGGGCCCAGGGCCCCGCGCUCCGGAGGAGCAGCCGCGGGCCUGGUGGUUCUCCGAGGCGGCGGCCGUUUUCUCUGCGCUGGAAGAGCCCACGGUGU